GAUUCUGUGUAGGAAUAACCGAUCUUAUUUGUUGAAUAUGUGAUGUGGUUAACUUGACUUAGUCAGUGUACUGCCGUUUUAAAAAGUCCAAAAUAUGUAGGUUUUCAUUUUAUUAUCCCCCCCCCCUUUCCGUUUUUUUCCCCUCUUGUUUACAUAAUUCAUAAAAUCAACAUUUUAUAAUAUUUUAUGUUAGGGGUUGGCUAUUGGUAGUAAACUAGGUAGUACGUAGGUUAAAUUUCACAUUUUUGCGUCACCAUAAGCCUGCAAUAUGUUGCCAAAAAUAAACGUGUGAGGAUGUUUUAGGCAGGUCGUGGUUUCACUUCCAAAUUUAUUUUUGUGUGUCUAGUCUUAUAAUUUCGCCCCAAAUCUGAGUUUCAAGACAUAAGACACCCAAUUUUCUUUUUUUUUUUGCAUACAAUUAUUGUAUUUUUAUUAUAAAGCGCAUUGUGAUUUCAUUCUAUUCUCUGCCGUUAAAAACAUUGAUUCUGCCCACAUUAAAAAAAAAAAAAAAAUAAAUUUAAAAAAUUUGAUUCUGCCAAAAUUAAAAAAAAAAAAAGUAAAUAGUGAUUCCUGGAUAUUAAAUUAAUUUUUGCUACAGUUGAAAAAUUGACCCUAACAAUCAACAAUUGACCAAUAAUAUUCCUUAGGCAUAUCUGCCACCAGAAAAAUCAACAACGUUGGUUGGUAUGCGUAUCACAUGACCAUGUUCCUAAACAGAGAUUGGCCAAAGCUUCUGUUGUAAUCGUUAAGCUUUUAACGAACGUAACAUGAUUUCUAAAAAUGUGCAGGAAUACAAUUAUUUAGCUAAUUAUAAACAUUUAUAGGCCUAUAUUUUAUUUAAUCAUUUUAAUCAUAAUAAUGAGCACAUACAAAAUGUUUACUAUAAAUUAAUUGUUCAACCUCAGCUUGAUUUUUUUUGCCAUAUGUGCACAUAUUAAUCUACUUUGGCGAAAAAAAAGCUGGGUAUACUUUUUUCUGACUGUGAUCCCCAUCCCACCAGUAUCAUUCGUCUAUCUAUAUUAACCUUAGGUCUAUAGUAGAUAAGGCAAUAAAGAAAAAAUAAAAAAAAAUAAAAACAGCAUUUUUGAAACACCUAUAAAGCUUUGAUAACAUUUUCCAAAUGCCUGACAGUUUCAAAAUAGCAAUUUAAAGCUGAAAUUCCUUCAAUACUUAUUAUCGGUGUUGUCACUAAGUACCAACUAGUAUUAAAUGAACUGGCCAAUACUUUGCCAGCGUCAUUGAAAGCGGGUUUUUUAACUUCCGGUUUUGGUUUGAUUUGAUUGGCUGGACUACCAAUAGCCCUCUAGAAACUUUUGGUAGUUUACUACAAAUAGCUCCAUUUACGAAUUAAGCUAUUGAAAGUUAACUACCAAUAGACAUUUUCGUGCUUUUAGCUAACGGUCAAUCAAUUUAUUUAAAGAGUUAGUUAACUUUUUAAAAUCCACUAGAUGUAGCCCUCCACACAUUGGCGAAUGCAAUGCGUGAACUUCACAACUACUAAAGCUACUUGACAAAAACGUGAUCUCAAGUUACGCACAUUUAAGAAUGCCAAUUUAGCUACAUCCCCCUCCCCCCCCCCCCCCCCCCCCACUUUAAUGCCACUACACACUUUUUAGUAUUCAUAGCCGACCCGCGGCUUAGCAGACGCCACGAGCUUUGCUGGCUAGCGAGGAUGAGGCAGGAGGGGGGCCGUAGCUCAACCGCAGUGCGCAUGUCUCGAGACCAACGUGGGCAGGCAAGGGAAGGGAGGGUUUGCCUGCGUCUUGCUUGUCCUGGCGUAUCUAAAUAUAGCAUGCGUCUUGUUUGACCUAUUUUUCUCUGGCGAAAUAUAUCAAUAGAUGCUUCUCUGUAUUCUUCCAAUGUCAAUAUAAUACUUUGAGUAAUAGUUUCAAUUUCAAUUCUUUACUUUUAUUAUUAUGUAAAUUAGGUGAUAGAGUACUUUUGUAGAGUACAGUGGCGUAGGAGCAGGGUUUCUUUCAGCUAUAUCUCCGGGAGGGCACUCCCCCCACCCUUCCCGACCCCCGGUGAAAGCCAAGUGCCCCCCGUAGCCAAACUAUGUCCAACAAUAAAUCAACUGGCACUGCCCCCCUCCCCCGCACAAUCUGCAGUGCCCCCCCCCCUGCGGGGGGGGGGAAAUUUCUGAAAUAAUCACUGGUCGGAGUUAACGGAGGGGUGUCAUUUCCGUCCAACCUCAGAAUUUCUUUUUGUUGAAAGGGACUGAAAAAUUCUCAACCUGCUCCCAUAUGGCAGGUUUACGAUUAAAUUUAUAGUUUUUUUUUUUUUAAAAACCAACUAUGGAAUGUAUCAAUAAAACAACACUUAAACAAAUUAUAGUGACCAAUUACUUUUAGAUAUGUUGCUAUAAAAGCAUUUAACACUGGUUAGAUUUUUCACGCUAUUUUUUUUAAAUUUUUUUUUUGUUGCUUUUUUUUUUGUUUUUGUAUUUUUUUUUAUUGUAGCGAAAGUGAAAGUUUUAUCUUAACUAUUUUUUAAAGAUCACAGCUGAAACCACCAGUCAUUGAAAGCCAAAGAAUAGCAUUAAUAUUAUCAAAUAGCAACACAAACAAUUGUGUAGAUAAUUUUUAUUUAUGUGUUUUCGUGAGCGUUUUAUAUUAUUAUGUUUAUGUGUUUGCAUUUCUAAGCCAGUGAUGAGAUUAUGCCGGUCUAGUAUAGUUCGAUAAAGCGGUUGUUAAAUAAAGGAAAAUAACUGGUGUUUUUUUUGUUGUUUUUUUUGUUGUUGUUGUUGUUUUUGUUGUUUUUUUUUUGGGGGGGGGGGGGGGUGGGGCUGGGCUUCUUUAAUUUUGUAAAACACUUUUUUAUCAAUAAAUUUAGUUUUUUUUUUUUUUUUGUUUUUUUUUUUGUUUUUUUUGUUUUUUUUUUUGUUUUUUUUUUUGGGGGGGGGGAGGUCAGGCUUGGCAUCAUUAAUCUUGUAAAACACUUUCUUAUCGGAUAAUCUAGUUUUUUUGUAAAUCUCGUGCUUUACUUUUUAAGUUGGCCUAUUUAAUACAAGAAAUUGUAACUACCUAUCAACAUAACAUUUUUCAUCCUUAAAAUUGCAUUAGAGCAUUUGCCUGCCAGUGCAUUUGUAUAAUCUUGAUCUGAUUUUGAAAGUGUUGGGUGUAACACUGCUAUAACAACUUUAAUCUUUUAAAUAAUUAAAAAUACCAUGAUCGUUUGACAGAAUUCCCAAAACCAUGGCGAGCAAGGCGCAGGCAGCUAAAAGGUUUGUGCAAAUCAUCAACCAACAGCUUGAGAUACUCAAGGAAGAGAGUAACUCUGUGAAAGAUGGCAUCGACGAGUUUAUGAAUGGGGUAAUUCUUAAAUUAAAUUAUGUAUUAAUUUUAUUUUUAAAAUUUGACACAGCUUAUGUAUUUAGGGAUUAUAAAAUUCUUUUAGAUUAAGAUAUCAAAUAAUUUACACCAUGAAAAUUUGAAAAAAAAGUUUUUACUUUUUUUGAUGACGCUCAAGAUUCAAAUGUUAGAUUUUAAUUUCGUAUACAAAUAGAUAUAACGAUAAUUAAGCUACAAAAAGUAUUUAUUUGUUAACCAUCAUGCAACCUGCAGGCGCAAAAAGAAGUGGAUUCUUGGGUUAAUGGAGGACAUGUCAAUCAGACCACGUGUGCCGAGAUGAGUAACCAAAUUCAGCAAAAUAUCAGUUUUUUAAUCGCAAAGUCUGCUGAAUUAUCAGGUAUUUUAUUGAAACCACAAAAUGCACAUACAUUAGUAUGUAAUGUAGGAUUCAUUUAAUUUUCUACAAUAUAAACAAAAAUCUUACCCUGACCAUGUUUGUUUGUUUGUUUGGAUGCAUUGUAAUUGACUUCUUUAUCAAAAAGAAAACCAACCAAUGGAAUGCAUCCAAUUUUUACGUGAUCACACAUUCUGACCUAUACGUAAUACAUUGAACAUUUGGUCGAAAUCCCUUUAUACUAAAAAAUCUCGAAUUGCUUUGGAUUCCAAGAUGCUGUAGAUCUUGCUCUACAUCCUCCAGCCAUCUAAGCCUAGGUCUGCCUUUGAGCCUUAUUACCCUUUGGUUUUGUUGUGGCGUCCUUUUCACUCCUGUGCUUUUUGACAUUUCAUUUUUUUUUUAUUGCUGCUACUAGCGUGGAUCUUGAUUAUUGGCUAUAUAAUAACUUGAUGGUUCGUAUUCCUUAUCCAUAUUCAUCUUUUGUUGGUCCAUAUAUUUUCCGGAGAAAUUUUCUCUCUCAUUAAUAUGUUGUCUGCCAUUUAUGUUAGGUACCAAGUUUCACUUGCGCAUGUAACAAUUGUAUAAUUACAGUUUAUAUGCAUUUUUCUGUUCUUCUUUCAUCAAUUAAUUUUUUUAAAAAAAGUUUUGAAGUUCAAUCUAUUUGAUUUUUAAUAUAAUGUCACAAUGUCACAUCUCAAGAGCAACAGACAAAUGGGAUUAAUCAAAACCAAGCUUCUCCGAGGACUCCAAUAGCCAGUAAAAGUGGGAAAGUCCAAACUGACACGAAGCGCUGUAGUGAAGAAGCUGUAGACGAAUCAGGUAACAAUUCUAGAAGGGUGUACCUAUUUGUCUUCUCGUUGUGAGUUAAGUACCAAUUUAUCUUUGACGUUGAUUUAGUUAGUAUCUAGAAAAUUGAAUUGAUUGCAUGUACAUUUCUUUCCAAUGACAGGAAUAUCAGCGGGAGAAAAAACUUCACAUGUUCUGGCUAUGAGAUUGGCCGUACUAGAGGAAGCUUUGUUCUCACUUAAAAAGACAACAGAGCAAGUACAACAAAAACAAGAACAUCUUGACAAGGUUUUAAAAGUUGUCUCUGCUCAGCAGGAAAAUGUUAACAAAAAAAUGGAAAUACUAUCAGAGUCUAAUUUAAAAUCUCAGAAUAAAUUGCAAGAAAAAAUAAAAGAAAGCGAAACAAUUAGCCAGACAAUUGCAUCAAAUGUUGAUCAUUUGAAAGAGACCGUAAAACAACAUGAUGUCAUGUUGAAUGGAUUAGCGGAUGCAAAUAAGUCUGUCAACACAUCAAUUAGAGAAAUGAGUAAACAGAUCAACUCAGUUAGUAAUCAUAGCAACCGCACGUCAAUGUCUAUACAAGAUUUGUCAAAGAGCGUCGAGAGUACCAAUCAAAAUUAUAAUGAAAUGUCUAAUAAAAUGAAUAAAUUAGAAAACUCCACUAAUCUCAUGUCGUCUCAUUACACGAAGCAGUUUGAAAAUAUGGGCAGUCUCAAUAAGGAUCAAGUUGAUGAUUUGGUACGUAAAUAAUAUAUAUUUUAAGCAAUUUUAAAAAAGAAAAAAAAACAAACAAACUUUUGUUUUAAUAUCAAUUAGUUUCUUUUAGAAACUUAUUUUAUUAUUAUUUAAUUUUUAAUUGAUCAAUCUUGACUUUUAAAUUAAGUUAUUUAUCUUUAAAAAUAUUUUUUUUUACAUUGUUAAGAGCGAGAAAUUGUGGUUAUUUCGAGACGCAUAAUUUAUUCUUACGAAAUCUACAUCAUAUACAUAAGUUUAAAACUAUGAGCUAUCAAUAACUCUUAAUGUUUAAGCUAUAAGUUAUCAUGAAAAAAACAACAACCCAAGAAUAUAGCACAAUAAUAAAAUACAAUCAAUUCAAAGUGUAUCACUGUUGAUGUCUAAUUAUAGACAGUGGCGUAGCUAGUGAUUUGGGGGCCCAGGGGGCUUGGCCUCUUUAGGGGCUCCUGCGUUUUGACAUUCGACAUUAUUUAAUGUAAAAAAAAUUUCGGACACUCCUUUGGGGACCCCCUCAAGUAGGGGCCCGUGGGGACUUUCAAAUUUGGACACCCUCCCCUAGCUACGCCACUGAUUAUAGAUAUCGUAGGCCUACUUAAAUGUGCGUUUAGAGACCUUUGCCAUGUUGGUUUUAAAAAAAAAUAAUAUUUCCCUAUAAAGCAGCUUGUACUUUUUUGAAUGCAGAUGAAUUAUGUCUAUCAAUAAUCGAUACUGUUAACAUACAUAUUUCACAACGACAAAUCAAUGUUUUAUUUUUUUUUAAAGUACGACUUAUUUAUUUUUUAAAUCUGAAUGAAACACAUGUAAGAAAUUUAAGUUCUGUAGCUCUUUGAAAGCAUUUGAAACCCAUUAAAGAUGCUGAUGAUAAAUAUCAACUAGCAUCUUUAACAUCCAUGUUAAAAAUGUGUAUUAAGUGUAAUAUAACAGGUUAAACUAUUCAGGAUAAUUGUUUUAUGUUUGAAAUCAUAAAGUCUGUGUCUCGACUAGGAGUUAUAAAUCUUAUUUUUCAUUUUAAAUUAAUAGUUCUUUUGCUUCUAACAUAGUAAACACCAAAAUGUUAGUGUAUAGCAUAUAUAUAUAUAUACAUAUAAACGUAAUAUUCCCUUUAAGAUAAACAACAUGUUUUUUUUUCUCCAUGGGCCAUUGAAUCCAUUAAUUCUAAGAGAUAUGUUCCUCUUACCUAGAUUGGUAUGGUUUGUCAACUACUAGCGAAGAGAUUGACUCCGUUGGAAUCAUUAAACAAGAGAUUAAACUUAGAGAAUAUUAAGAAAAUGAAACAAGAGCUUUCAAAGGUAUCUGUGUAGAAUUUUUUUUUUAUCAUUUAAAUUAACUUCACUUUUAUUCGCGUGUUUCUGGCUGGUUGCAAAAAAAAAUAUUCCGGUCAACCUAUCGAGCUGAAACAUGGCACACACAGGCCCGCACUUGAGGGUGCGGGGACGAGGGACAACCAUGAGACAACAUGGGGCUCGAGCUCAAGAUUUUAAAUAUACUCGCAUGCUUUGAAACACGAAAGGGGCCCGAACUCAGCUGCCUGGGGCCCAGAAUUUGCUGGGUGCGGGCCCGGCACAUAAACUCGUUACCGAUGACAACACAUUCUCUCAAAUUUUCAUUCCAACCCCCUUCCCCCGCCACAAAAUCUUUUCUUGUCUGUUUUUCACGGGUAAGGUGAAGAAAAUGUAAUGACACUGAUUUCACGAAAAUCAAAUUCCCGAUUACUGCGCUAAAUGAGAUGCUACACAAAAUAAUUCAAAUACGUUUUGGGCUCAAAAUUUUAAUUUAUUUUCUGAAAUUCAGAAGCAAGGCGAAAGUUGAAUAGAUUUUGUAUUAAUAUACCGAUAUCACACGAUUCUUUAAUAUUACAAGUAUUUAAAUACAUUAUUGAUCAGAUUCGUUUUCCUUUUUUUUUUUUUUACUUCUUAGAAAUAAUGUUUUAAUUAAUGUUGUAUUAACCAUUUUCGAAAAAAAUAGUUCUUUAUAGUUUAGGAGCGUGGAAAGAAUAUUUGGUUUAUAGUUGUUUAUAAAAUGUACCAAAUUUACAACAAACAUGAUUGAUGUUACUUAUAUAAAUUAACCCUUUUUCUGAAGAUGUAGCUGGUUUUGAAAUUAAAUUGUAGCUCAUGGGCCAAAUUAUUAACACAACGUUACGUAAUCAUGCAAGACUUUGCUAUAUGCAAUAUGCCAUUUAUAGGGUAAAAAGGAGAGAGACUGCAAUCAGGUUAGCACAAAAGGUAAUUAGUCAAACAAAGUAAUGUUAAACCUUUAAAAAGGAGCGCAACAAAACAAUGAAUGUGUCGGCAGGAAGCCUUUGUCAGCGAAUAAACAGAAAAAAACCAGAACAACAUUUAAAAAAUAGCACUUAGCCGAGACUUAGUAUCCAAGAGUGCAAGCAAAUGAAUUGUGGUCUCUUAAAUGAGGAAGGCACAGUGGAGCAGAGACGGACAAGGGUAAGGGGAAGUUGUUAAGACGAAAAAUUCAGAAAGUCAAGAGUAAGGGACAUUUGGUGAGAGAUUGGACAUGAAGAAAAUUGUCAAGUGCCUAAUGGGAUAAAGGAAGAAAAAUGUAAUAAUAGAUCAAAAUAGAGAAGGGAAAAACAAAAAGUGAGGUAAUGAGACGGAAACAAACGCCAAGUAGCAGUCAAGUAGUGAAUGUAAAAGGGUAAUAAGGGGAGAGACUGCAAUCAGGUUAGUACAACAGGUAGUUAGUAAAACAAAGUUAAGUUAAACCUUAAAAAAGGAACUCAUCAAAACAACGAACGUUUCGGCAGGAAGCCUUCUUCAGCGAACAAAUAGAACAAACAGAAUACAAUUUUUUUUUUUUAAAUAGUACUUUCCUGAGAAGUCGUCAGGAGGGCAGCAAAUGAAUUACCAGUGUAAAAGAAAGUGACAUCUUCAAAUUUAAUAUGAUGUUUUAAUUUUUUAUUUUUUUGUUGUUGUUAUGUUGUUGUAGUUGUUGAAACUGCUGCGGCAGUCAUGCUUGGUUAUUUAAAAUUUUCUUAAUGGAACUGAAAGAUGUAUUCAAAUUUUAUUAAAUUGUUUUUCAUUUACAGAAAGAAUCGAUCGGGACUCGUGUAGAGGAGAUCUCCAAAAAACUUACACAAAUUGGUAAGCAAUUAACAUGCAAAAUAAAAGCAAAUGUAAAAAAGAAAAAAAAUUUUUUUUUUAAAAAUAAAUAAAACGAAAGAAACAAAGUUUUCACAUAUUGUUAGCAAUCGCCCAUGACAACCAAUGAUUGUUGCAUAUACUCUUUAACGAAAAACGCUUUUUACAAACAUUAGCAAUGUAUCAACUUACUGUAUUUUUUAUUAUUUUAAUAUCAUAUAUCAAAAAUUACCCGUGUGUGUGUCUGUAUUUGAGGGAAAGAUAGAGAGAGAGAAAGAGAGAGAGAGAGAGAGAGAGAGAGAGAGAAAGAGAGAGAGAAAGAGAAAGUGAGUGUGUGUGUGUGUGAUGAUGAGUGUUUUUGUUUUGCGCGCCUGGUGUUAUUUUAUUUAUUAUUAUUUUUUUGUUAAAAAACAUUUUGUUAAAAUGUCUUAGUUUAAUUUAAGUUCAAGUCUAAUUACUAGAAAUAAAAUUAGAUUAUUUGUUUCCCGAUGAUUUGUCUUAGGCUCUGGUCCCCUUUAAAUUUACGGAUGAUUCAGUUACUCUACAGCAAGAAAAUGUGAGCCCAUAUUAUAAUAAUUAUCCUUGAUCUUGGCCUUGUCUUUGCUUGGACAUGCUCGACAGAGAGUCUUCACUAAGAGUAGUCGUGCACGGGGCAGCUGUGCAACAGUUUAGUCAUGCGCAGCGUCCUCUGGCACAGUAGUGUUACCUGGAAUCUUAGAGAGGGGCCGAGCCCAACAGGGAGUAUCGGGACAGCGUGAUCCGGUCUAGAGGAAUUUUUACAUAGAACUGCCCUUUAAAGGCCUUAUAUCAGAGAGCGGUUUCGAUCCUGCCUGCAGUGAAUGCAUUGAUACUUAUGGCGAAGGGUCAUCCACAGUCAGGCCACGCAGUUGUUACUAUUUUUACUUCUGCUAUCUGUAGAUCUUCAUUAAAUUAGAAGUGUGUUUGCACACUGUAAACAAUUCACUCUAAUUCAUUGGAAUAUAUAACAAAGAAACACGAAGGCAGUUGUGCACUUCACCCAUCUAUACAAAAAAAAAAAAAGUGGAAAAUUAAUUGAACAAUAAUAAUCAUAUUUAAUGUCAUGGAAAUAACUACCAUCUUCGUAUUUUGAUGAGAGUACCAUGUUUUCAUUUGUCCUCUUCGUUACGCCAAUUGCGACAAAUGUAUCUAAUUUUAUUGAGACUAUUCUAAUAUUCUGAUCUUCGCAGAACUGAAACUCACCCAACCUAAUGCCGGAUUCUAUGCCUGGAAAUCAUUGCAUGUCACAGAAGAAGAUUUCGACAUACAAUGGUUUGAUUCUGUUGAAUGCAACUAUGGAAACGACUUUGAUCCACAGACUGGGAUAUUCACUGCUCCGGUGAAUGGCUUGUAUUUAAUAAGCAUUAGCAUAGGAAGUCCAGUAGAUUUUGACCAAUUUGUUGUUACAUGCAAUCUUAGGAGCAAUAAAGGUCCAAUUAAUCUUUGCGAUGUAUCUGGGAACAGAACAAUAACACGAUGCACAGAAAUGAAAGCAGUAGAAACAAUUUAUUUGAAACUGAUGUUGAACAAAAAUGACGACAUCUGGAUUUGGGUUCAUUUUUCAUGCUGUCUGAUUCAAAGUUUAAGAUAGACGAAAAAAGCUGUCACCUCUAAGUAACAUUUCGUUUUCAGUGUACACGUAUAUUAGUUUAACUUAUAUCUGUAUAUUUUUUAAACAGAAGACAAGGUGAAGUUAACAGAUUGAAAAAAAAAAAUUCUAUAUCACAAUCGCUCGUUAAUUUUGUGCGCACUUAAUGAGGAAAAAAAUGUCGUUUCAUGUGUUUAUUGUAUCAACUUUGUGAUACAUUAAUAAAUGACAGUUUGAGACUUGGUGUGCAUCGUUGUAAAAUAGUUGUAUGUUUAUAUCUAAAAAAAAACAUAUAUUUAUUGAAUGCCAAUUUAAAUUUUGGUUAUGGGAGAAUGGUCGUUCUCGAAAAAGGAUAACCAUGGGUAUCGAAGGGUACGCAAGCUUUAGUUUUAGUAUACAGCGAUACACGAACUAUUUUGACAGUAAUCUUUCAUUAAAGAAAGAAAUGAAUACAAAAAUAAAUUUUAUUCUUUUUCAGUGUUAUUAUCAUUGGCUAAAUCAAAAUAGACGUGAUUUUAGUAUGUUUAUGUAUAUAAAAUACAUUUUUAAUCACACUUUGAGUAAAAUUUAUAUUACAUUAAGGCCAGUUUAGAGAUUUAAGUGUGUUCGAAUGAGAGAUCUUUCAAGAGGUGUUAUUUGGGUGAAGGGUCUUUAAUUUGAAGGAGUAGUGAUGAUGGGUAUUUUAGGGACUGAUGUUUGGUGCUUGAAUCAAGGGUUUAGUAUAGAUGUCUGGAAGAUUGUGUUGAAAAGGCAUUCCUGUUUGUCACGCGGGGAGUCGUAGAGACGAGAUUGCAGCGGAAAUGGCGUAUAAGUUGGUGGCGGUGACCCAAAUGAGAAUCGAGAACUGCCCCUUCUAACGCACACUAUCACGGGCUAGACGACAAGAGAGACCCGAACCGUCGGUAUUACAGCCUGGACCCUAACACUUUAGCGCAUCUGUUGAUUGCAUUUCCAACACUAGACGUUUGCUGGGGGGGGGGCGCCAGGGCGUCAGGAGAGACCUCAAUGUUACGGAAAUGUUAUAGGGAUGGAGCAGGUUGCCAAUGUACUAGCCGGGGCUUUAAGAGCGCAGCGAGGUCAAACCUCAACCAGAAUAUGUGAGUUUGUUAGAAAUGGUAAAGUUGUGGGUUUUAACUUGAUAAAUUUAUCAUUCGUCUUUUGUAGCACAUUCAGACAAGACAAGAGAUUUAUCCUGAAAAGUAGUAAUCUAAGUUUUAAAAAAAUAGUUUAAUUUAAAAAAACAACAACAACAACAACACGUAAAUACUAUUAAAUUUGCUUGUUCUAAUACAAGGGUCAGCGAAUGUCAGCCUUCGGGCUGGAUCCGGCCAGGGGCGUGGGUUUAUCCGGUCCGCGAAGUUGCUGGUGAUUUUACAGUCACUGAAUAUUUAGCGCAUAUGGAAGGUAUGAUUAUAAAAACAAAGGGGGAUAUUUUCAAUGAGGUAGAUAAAUUGACUGAAAUGAUAAUUUUAGGCAUUUCCUCGCUAAGGAAUGAUUUCAAUCAUUGGCCCUAUUGUAGCUUCGUGUGUGGAAAGACAUAAAAUAAAUUAUAUCUAUACACGUGAAACAAGGUGAAUGAACAGCAGAAUCUGAAAAGCACAUGCAAAAAAAAUGUUAUGAUGAUAGGAAGUACAAACUUUUAGCCUUAACAAAAUGUUAUUAUGCCAGAAUAGCACCAGUUAAAUGCCAUAAUGCCACAAAAGCACCACUUAAUGCACCACCACAAUGAAAACAUUAGAUUUCUAGUAUAUAAAUGAUUUUUUUUCUUCAAAUCAUUUACAUUUUUAAUCUCGAUUAAAUUAAUGUAAUUAAUGUCAGCCAAAAAAGUAACCCAUUAAUUUACUUGUUUAUUUUGAAUUUUGACUUGGAAAUAGAAGUGUGUCUUUCAUGUUAUGCCAAAAAAAAAGAUAUUCUGUUAAUACAUCUAGGCCGUCUUGAAUUUUUGACAAAUCUAUCAAUCUCCUCACCAGCUCUCGCCAAAAUAAGUGAUGAAUGUUUUAUUUUGUAAUUUUUUUUUAAAUUGCAAGCGGUUAGCAUUUAUUUCAAGAUAAGUCAUUUUACUGACACUUGUUAGCGCCUGUAUUAAAUGAAAUAAAAG